UUGUAGAUUUGAUUAUUUGCAGUUUUGGUUAAUACGUUCUCUCUAGAAAUUUCUAGGUCCUCUGCCAAAAGUUGACCAUAGAGAUUUGCUGGAGGCAUUUGUAUUCCUCCAGGAUUCUAUGAUCAACCUCUGGCAGGUGUGGACCAUAGAGUUGCACUGGAGGACCUGGAGAUUCCUAGAUUGGUGUUCUCUCAGGUAAAAAGACAGAGGGUCUUGGGGUCGGGGUGCUGAAGGAGUGGUGCUGAGGUGAACUGCUGAUUCAGCUGCUGGAAGGCCUGCUCUGCCACAGUGAUCCACCAGAAAGAAACCGUCCCACAGAGGAGCUGGGAAAUCGGAGCCAUCUAGUCCGCAUAUUUCAGAAUGAAUUUCCGGUAUAAAUUGGCGAAUUCAAGAAACCACUGGACCACCUUUCGGUUUCUGGGAGAGUGCCAGGAAGUCACAGCCUCCACUUUUGCGGCGUCCAUCUCGAUCCCCUGGAACAAGAUCCGAUACCCCAGAAAGUCUAAGGUGGGGAGGUAAAAGGCGCACUUUUCAAGUUUGGCAUAAAGUCAAUGUUCCUGGAUAUGCCACAACGAUAUGAGCAUCGUGAGCCACCUGUUUGGGGAGUAGAUCAAGAAGUCAUCCAAGUAGAUCACAACAAAGUGGUCCAAGUAGUUGCAGAAACAGUUGCAGAAAACAUCAUUAGCAAAGUGCUAGAAAACAGCGGGAGCAUUGCACAGGCCGAAGAGUAUCACAGUAUAUUCAAAGUGCCCAUACUUCAUCUGGAAGGCUGACUUCCAUUUAUCGCCGGCUUGGAUCCUCACCAAAUUAUAGGCCCCUCGGAGGUCUAGCUUGUUUAAUACUCGGGCAUGGUGCAACCACUCCAGAAGCUCUGGGAUGACGGGCAGUAGGUAUCAAUUCCAGAUCGUAAUCUUGUUCAAUGCUCAGUAGUAGUUGCAUAGCUGGAGUUCGCCACGCUUCUUGUGUACAAAGAGCAGAGGAGCCACAACAGGAGAUAUGGACAGACAGAUGAAGCCACAACUUAAGUUCUUCUCUAGGAAGUCUCUCAACUCUACCAACUCUGCCUCAGAUAGGGAAUAAAUCCACCCCACCAGGAUAGGAGCCCCAGGGACCAAGUUAAUGAUGCAGUGAUACACCCUAUGAAAAGCUAAGCAGUCUGCCUCCUCUGUAUCGAAGACGUCCACAGCUCCACAGGAGGUGGCUCUUGGCUGGAGACCAUGGUUGCCUGCAGUUGCUCGGGCCAGCAGUGCUCCUGGCAGAACUUUGAAGCAAAAAGUACUUCUAGCGAGAUCACAAAAUGUGAAGGUUGUAUUUGGUGAUACAGGGCAUGUCGAGCACCAAGGAGAAGUGCAGAACCUUUGCCAAGAGGAACUAGCCCUGUUCCACAUGGCCCUGGAUCUCCAGGGUCAUUACCGCCAUUUGGCAGGUCAUGGGUCCCAAACUCAAGAGGCGACCAUCAAUGGUCUCCACUGGGUGAUGCUCAGGCAGCAGCUGACAGGGCACAUGGUGUUGGGUAGCAAAGUCCAAGUCAAGCAUAGCCCCAAUAUGGGCGGCCAUACAUUUCUCCGUGUUGAAAUUCAUUUUGUUAGUUUUUGGCCAGUUUUCUAGUCUAUUCAGGUCAUUUUGAAUUUUGAUCCUGUCCUCUGCUUAAAGACCUCCAAAGAAGGAGACUCCACCACACUCUGAGGGAGUGCGUUCCACUAUCGAAGUGGCCCAGACUCUGGACUCCCAGAGAUACUGUGGUUGGCUCCAGUACUUCAUCUUCCCAAGACUGUUCCUCUGGCCCGUACCCUGCCCAGGGUAUGGGCCAGAGGAACGGUCUUGGGAAGAUGCCUUGAUGGUCCAUCCUCCUGAUUUGGUCUGUGCCUUUCACCGCAGUUAUCCCCCGUUGGCUGGGGGAGGGAGAGGAUGAUACGAAGGGGAGUGGUGUCAUGGACUACCCUGGGCCUGACAUAGAGACAGACUCUGAAGAAAUGGAGGAGGGUGAGACAGAGGCAGAUCUGGGGCUGCCUGUAUCAGCAGUCUCAGAGCAGGUUCAGGAAGCUGCAGAGGGAGAAACAGACUCUAUGGACUCUAGGCUGCAGGUGCUAGGACCUGUGGAGAGAAGGCAGGUCAAGGAGUCCUUGAGGAGGUCUUCCAGGCUAGAAGCCAAGAGGAGAGCUAAUAGGUUUCAGCUGAGAGAAGCAGAGGCCUUUUAAAUGCAACAACCAGUCUUGCAGCCUUGUUGUUCCUGUAUUCCUUGCUCUUGGAUUCAAGUUAUUUGACCUCUGGAUCUGUCUUGUGACUACAUUCUUGCCUCUGCUGUGACUAACUGACUGGUAUUGUGUGACCCUUGGACUGGACUCUGGACUACGCCUUUGCAUAUUCUCCUGCUGUGCUGCCUUCAGUAGAGAUCUUACACGUGAACAAGGUGAUGUCCAUCUUUUUUUAUGCAAUAUUUCUUGCUUAUCUCCGUGGCAUCCAAUCUACCAACAUGGAUCAAAGGAGUUUACCAGAAGAAUCAAUAAAUUCUCUUAUUAUAAAACUUAUUCAAGCAGACAUUUUGAAAAACAAAGUAUCGAAGCAGAUGGUAGAUAUCAAAAAUAGUAUACAAAACACAAUGAAGAAAAUAGAUGCUAUUGAGCCAGAUAUGGAUGGCAAUGAAAAUAUGGAUUUCCAGCCAAUUAUGGAAACAGAAUUAUUGAGGCAACAGAGGCACUACAGCUCCCCCAGGGUCCUCUUGAGUGACAAUACCCCAUUGGAACCACCACCAUUGUAUGCUAUGGAGGAUUACAUUGGUAGCUCAGGGGUGAUGAACCAAACUUCUCGACGGAGAAGGUUUGCUGAAAACAAGAGCCACCGGGGGGAAUAUUCUGUGUGUGACAGUGAAAGCCGAUGGGUAACGGACAAAUCUUCAGCUAUUGACAUUAGAGGACACCAGGUAACUGUGCUGGGAGAGAUCAAAAUGGGCCCUUCCCCUGUGAAGCAAUAUUUUUAUGAAACAAAGUGUAAACAAGCAAAACCUGCCAAAAGUGGUUGCCGUGGUAUAGAUGAUAAGCACUGGAACUCCCAGUGCAAAACAUCCCAAACGUUUGUACGAGCAUUGACUUCAGAAAACAACAAACUUGUAGCCUGGAGAUGGAUAAGAAUAGACACCUCUUGUGUAUGUGCAUUGUCCCGGAAAAUUGGACGAACAUAGGUCUUCAUUCUUCUGUCAUAUAACUUAUUAUGUCUAAAUUAUAUGAUAUGCAUGUAGCAUAUAAAUGUUUCUAUUAUUUUAUAUAUUAUAAGUUGUCCUUAUUUAUUAAAAUCCAGCAAACAACAAGAUAAAUGUAUCUAUAUCUAUAUAUAGACAGAUAUCAAUAUAAAUCGAUAAAUAGAUAGGUAAUAUGCUUUCUCUCAUUAAAUAACCAUCAAGCAUGGAUGUUUCCCAUUGACAAGCAACCUUUCUCAUUAGUGCUUGCAUCUUCUGUUCUUUCCCAGCAUUUCAUAAACUGCCUGUACAAUUUUUGUGUAGUCAGCAUUUCUAUUGUCAAGCCACUGACCACUGAGUAAAGCUGUUAAAAGUAA